AUGCUAUGCAGCUCGACGUACAAUUACAAAGUCUACAGCGUCGUCAAGCCGCUGGUGGUGCUGGCGGGUCCAAUUGCCCCCUGGUUCGGACAACCUGGAGCCGGGGUGCAGUACAUGCUGCCACGAAAUAUUUCGGCCCUUAUUGCUGAGGGCGUUCUCAGGCGAGAGGACCCCUCGGUGCUGGUUCCUUGA